GUAUAUAUUAAGGAUUACGGACCCUAAUAAAUCGGUAAAUAUCGGGUAAAAUCGUGAAACGUCGUAGAAGGCCCGAAGCUACCCUCGCCUUUUGUCGCCACUUAUCGUAUAACCUAUUUUUAGCGACUGUGACGUCAGUUUUCACAGGAAGCAAUAUGGCCGCUCCCUUGCGAAACUAUCGUGGCCGGUACGUCAAAAAACAAAUAACGUUAAAAUUAAGAAGUUUGAAAGGAUUUUAAUUAAACAUAAUUAUGUAACGGACAAUUCUGUGCAAAGUGGUAAUUCUGCUGAAGUGUUUAGUGACCAGAAUCUUACGCAACAGUGGAAAAUCGGGCGGCGAAUCAUUGAACUAGGUGUUCUCAACUUCUUGUUGAAAAAAUAUUUGAAGUUUUGCAAAUCGUGCAGGUUAGGACCGGUUCCACUGACGUUAUACAGUGUACAAAAGGUAAUUAAGAAGGGACUUGGUGGAUAUCUGUAUGUGCAGUGCGAAAAUUUAAAUUGCGGUUUUAUUAACUUUGUUCCGUAUGGGAAAACCCACAGGCACAGGGGAAAAUCAGGCAUGCCUUGUUUUGCAGUAAAUACCAAGCUUGGUACAGCUAUGAUAGACAGUAUUGGAGGUCCAACAAAGGUUAACAAUAUGCUGUCCACCCUCAGCUUACCAACAUUGUCCACUAACAAGCUGAAAAAAAUGGAACGCAGGGCAGGAGAAGCUAUCGAGUGUGUGGCAUCUAAAUCAACUUCAACAGCUGCUCAUAAUGCUUUCAGUAUGGAAAUACAGUAUUGAAGAAAGGCAGGAAGAUAUUGAUGUAGAGAGGAUACCUGAUGCUGUUCCACGUGGUGACUUUAAACCCAUACCACCUCUAUCAGACCCAAUAACAAUGAUUGCACUUGAUUUAGAGACUACAGACGUUAUUUGUGCUGGACAAAUGCCCCACAUAACGCAGAUUGCUGCCAAGGUUGUCAACAGUGGCAUAGGACAAACAUUCUGUGUAUAUGUACAAGCCCAAGAUGCCAAUUUCAACACAGUGCCCAGCAAGCUACAGGAAUAACAGUCAAUGGUGACAUUAUGACAGUAAACGGGACUGUUGUUGAUACAGUUGACAUCAAUUGUGCUUUGGACUGUCUUUUACAGUGGCUUGAUAAAUACAGUAAUGUUAUUGUAACUGCCCACAAUGGUAGAAGGUUUGACUUCCCUGUGCUUAUUUCAGCCUUAUGCAACACUAACAAAAUAGAUAGGUUUUUUAAAUGUGCACAAGGAUUAAUGGACACUUUAAUGUUAUUUAGAAAAACCUUCCCGGGAAGACCUUCAUAUAAGCAGGAAGACCUUGCUCGUGACUAUUACAAUAAACAUAUAAUGCACAUAAUGCCGAAGAUGAUGUUACAGCUUUGUGUAAAAUACUUUCUCACAGCUGCUCAUUGAUAUCUGUACAAGACCUGAUGAAAUUUACUUUUUCUCCAAGGCUGUUUACUUUAACUUUUUAUCCAGCAAAGAAAAGGCAAAAAAUCUGUGUACAUUACAAGGUAUUGUUGCUUGUGGCAUUUGUAAAUUGGCCACAGCUGAAAAUAUUGCCAGUUCAGGUCUAAAUUUGAAUAGUCUGAAGAAAAUAUAUCUUAGACAGGGAUUGCAUAAUACAUUUACAUGUAAGAACUCUGAAGCCAGCCACGUGUAACUAACACUAAAAGAGUUAUAGAAAGUGUUAUACCAAAACUUGUUGAACAUUUUAAGAAAUAAUGAGGUGAUAAUGUAAUUACAGUAUUUUGUUAAUUAUUGUACUGUUGUUUGUAAAAUCAU